AUGUGCCCUCCCUUCCAAUGUAUUACCUGCGGCGGGUGCUUGGUGCUGGACAUCGUGCAAACGGUCUCGCUUCAGCAGGCUACAGAACGUGAUUUGCAGGAGGCUGCAUCGUUGAAAAUCGAAUGGAUUGUGCCUGUGGGACAAUGGGCAGAGCGAAUAGCUACGCAUCUGUCUAUCUGGUUUGUGGUAAACCGUCUAAUCAGUGAUCUUGCAUAUCGAGUACUGUCAAUAUUCUUCGUCGGGAUCGGGCUAGAUUCCCCUGCAGACUGGCCACCAGCCUUUGGGAGUAUGGCCGAUGCAUUUACAUUGCGCAACUUUUGGGGGAAAUUCUGGCAUCAAUUCAUGCGCCAGCCCUUUACUUCUAUCAGUAAUUUCAUCGCACGAGAUGUUUUGAAUCUUACCCAAUAUUCAAUAUUGGAGCGAUACACCAAUAUUUUCAUUGUCUUUCUCAUCUCUGCCAUAUUCCAUGUUAUCGUCGAUAUACUGCAGAGCGUUCCGAUGGAAAGCUCCGGCUCGAUGCCAUUCUAUCUAGCGUUUGUCUUCGGGAUAAUGCUCGAGGAUGGUGUGCAAAAUAUUUGGAAACGAGUACAAAUAUCAGACAAUGAACAUGAGAAGACAAAACAAUCAUCAGGCAUCGUGCCGCUUUGGAAGCGAGCUACUGGGCUGGUAUGGGUCAUGCUAUGGCUUGGGGUCACCUCGACGUGGUACUUUACUCCGAUGAUUCAAUCCACAAAUGAUGAUCUGCGGGUGAUUCCUUUUAGUAUUGCAAAAUAUAUCGGGUUUCAGCCGCUCAUAGGUAUUGUCGUGGGUAGUGGAAUUGGCAUUGCAAUUAUGUUUGAAGUUGAGCUAUGA